AUGAUGACAUCCACUUGCACUCUCUUGGAAUUCCCCUUCCAUAUUCUCGAUGAAAUAAUAGAUCUCCUCGGCAAAGAUGCUGCACAGUUGAGCCAGACCAGUUCGAUUUUCAACCACAUAGUUAACCAAAAGUUAUAUAGAGAAAUUUUUAUAGUUGAUGGAAAAGGUAAAAACUACAAGAACUUGCUCCAUUCAAGCCGCAACACCAUUGUUCCACUUGAUAGACUAGCAAAAUUCAGUGAAAACUUGACCCCUAGGAACAUACGCUAUAUGAAGAGGAUUGUCCUCGCUAGCCAAUCUGACGGCACUGAAAAUAUUUAUUAUCCUUUAUACUGUAAAUUAAGAACAUCCAAUUCGGGCCUGAUACAGGUUGAUAAUUUGGAUAUUAACAACUUGAGAUGCUUUAAUUCUAUUACACAGUACAAUAGAAUAAAUAAAAACGUUGCGUUUGAAGGUGAAGAAGAAGACAGCAACGAUAUGGAUAUUUGCCAAAUGGAUGCGCCACUGGGAUUGCAAAAUUGGACAAUUUUCGAUUUCAAUGAGUUGAAUGGCAUUUCAAAUGAAAAUCCAUCUGUAGAUGAAUUAAGUGUCUAUAUUGAAAAUGGAAGCAGUUAUGCCAAUAUGGCAUCCAAUUCUAAGCUAAGUGACAUGAGCUCGGUAGUUAAUAUUAAACAUAUCCUUCCUAAUUUAAAGAAUCUUUAUUUGAAUCUGCCUGCUUCUACACUUACAUUUUGCUACAAUUAUUUCAAUUAUGUCAAUACUCCUCUUUCCUUGGAGAAGCUUUCGUUGACAAAUUCUCAUUCAUUUAAGAAUUUUGGUUUUAAAUCUAUCAAUACAAAACUUUCGUACAAAAAGCUUUCUAAACUCAUUGAUUUUUCAAACUUAAAAGAGUUAGAACUCAAAAUCAAUUGCGACUUCCAUAAUAGAUGUGAAGAGAGCUGUAUAUUAGAAUUUUUCAGGCAAUGGAAAGAUGAUGCUAAGACGGAGAUGAAACUUGAAAAGUUGGUACUUAUUAACUUCAAAUCAAAUUCAUCUGAAGGGAACCUUGGUCAAAUCACAGCACUUAUAAACGAUUACUUACCAUUGGGAAUGUUUCCAAAUCUCAAAGAAUUAUAUAUUCAGGUUGAUGACUUCAAGAAUAUGCAAAAGAUUUCGAAUGUACAGCUGCAACGUGAUGCAUUUACUCCAGUACUUGACUUUGUAAAGCUUCACCACAAUAUUAAAAAUUGUCCUAAUCUCACCAAAAUUACGUUACCAGAUUUCUUCAGCAUGUGGUUUGUUCCAAUGGAUCAUGAACGGAAGGGCAAGAGGAUUAACUAUUUUGACAACUUGGUGAAUGGAUGCAAAUGCUCGACCUGUGAGGAGAGCAGAGGCUUGUUUGCAAGAUACGCUAAAUACGACUCUUUGCAUGGAUACAGUCACAGAUUUAGACAUUUAGAAGAAGAGAUGAAAUUAGAUAUAGAAGGAGAUUAUACAACGGUGGAUCCAUAUUCAAUCGCAAACUUCAAGUUUUUAAACUAUCUUACCAACACUUUUAAGGAUUACUUUGAGUUUUCUCACAAAAAUUUGUUCACAGUCAACUCGAUUCUUAAAAGAAGUGAGGUACCUUAUGAAGGGUUACCAACUGAUUACAAAAAAAUGAUUCAGAUGAUGGAGCAUCUGUGUUUAAAUGAUAUGACGAAGGGUUUUUGUGAAGAAACCUCGAUCAAGGAGCUUUGUCUUGGAGGCAUCAAUUUUGGUUAG